UAUAGAGUUGAUUAAGAAAAUUGGAGUAAUUAGACAGUAAUCUUGUAUUAUUUCUUUGUUCUUGGAUAUUAAAAUUGCUACUGAAAUAUUUGCAUUUUUGAAUCUGUAUUUGAUUGUAAUUGUAAUGAUAGUAUGGGUGAACAAACCUGGACUAUUGUUCAAUUUGAAGAAGAUGAAACUGUGGAAGCAGUUCCCUCAACUUGGAUACAAGGACAGUAUUGCCAUUGGCCUACAUAUUCGCACGAUAAGUUGCGUACUGCAAUUAAGAAGCAUGAAACUUUAAAUACAUGCUGGCCUGUACAUAAAAUUAAAAGUUUUAAAAAUUUUACUUUUAAUGAUUAUUUAAAAGCACGCUCAAAAGCGUGUACUGCUGAAUAUACGAGUGACUUAAAUUCUGAAGCAGAAUAUGCUAAAAGGAAAAGAAUUCCAAAAAGAAUAUCUUCAUCUUCAUCAGAAGAGAACUUGCAAACUUUAUUAAUACCAUCACCUCCAAUACUAAAAAACAAAGAUAAAAGGCACAAAAAUGAUAAAGAAAAUUUUAAACCAGCUAAUGAAUCACCAAUCAUAUUACCGUCACAUAGUACAGAAACUAUACAUAUUCAUAGUAACUAUACAUAUUUAUAA